UGUGUCCGAGGAUCACCAAACAAUGGAAAGAGCCGAAGAUCUCGGCUUGGUCAUGUGAUCAGCUGUGUCCAAUCACAGCUGAUCACAUGGGACAUGUACACAGAUCAUCAGAGCACUGAUGAUCAGUGUGCCCUGAUGAUCUGUGUAUCCCCAGCCGUGCCACCUGUCAGUGUGCAUCAGUGCCAGCUGUCAGUGCUCAUCCAUGCCACCUGCCAGUGCCCUUCAGUGCCACAUUUCAGUGCCCAUCAGUGCCACAUCAAUGCCACAUAUCAGUGCCCAUCUGAGCUGCCUUUCAGUGUCACCCAUCAGUGCCAAUCAGUGCCACCUAUCAAUGUCAGUCAGUGCCACCUGUCAGUGCUGCCAAUCAGU